AUGAAUCUUAAUAUCUCGGUAUCUUCUCCACCGGUUAUAGAAGUGUCUGAUCAAGAUAUCGAUGCUACCAUUUCCAUAGAUUUAAUCAUUGAUGUUCUGGAAGCCGGCAAAGUCAUACCUGUUACAUGCAUCUCUGUGAUUGGUGAUCUAGAUGUGAAUGUUUUUUUGAAUGAUUUGUUUUACGUCUCUGUUUAUUUGAUAAAAUCGAAUUAUGAAAUUGAUAAUAAAAGUCUAAUGAUUCCACACAAGACAAAGCGCGGAGAGGCUGCACUUGCUAGAUUAAAAGUAUAUGAGGGAAUUCCUCCACAUUCUGCCAGGUUUACUAGUUUAGCAAGUAAACUAGUGAAGUUAGUUAAGAGUAACUAA